CUGAUCUUUUUUUGCAGGAAUACUCACUGCUGUAUGAAGAGGCCAGUUUCUUCCAGCUGGCUCCUCUGCAGGCCGAGCUUGAGCGCUGGAGGACUGAACAGGAAUACAGGGGAGGGUGUCUGGAGUGUGAGUGUGUCAUGAUUCACGUGGCUCCAGAGCUUGGUGAGAGGAUCAGCAUGAGCGCCCACUGGGCCGUGAUCGAGGAGGUUUUUCCAGAGGUCAGAAACGUCAUGUCCAAUUCUUUGAGCACUAGUCGGAACCAGGACUCCACACACAUCAUUCGCUUCCCACUCAACGGCUACUGCCACCUCAACUCUGUCCAGGUGUUGGAGCGGUUACAGCAGAGAGGGUUCUGGAUCACAGGUUCAUGUGGCGGUGGAGUGGACUCUUCCCAGUUUAGUGAAUACAUUUUACGGAGGGAGGGCCGAGGCAGCAGACACCCCCCGACCCUCAUCCGAAUCAAACAGGAACUCAUGGACUGAACACAGAGUAAAUCAUGGAUGUUCCCCUUUGUGCACACAUAUCAGCAACUGUUAUUUCUCAAACCGAGAACAGCUUCACUUCAGCAUGAAAGGAGUCAACAAAACCAGAUAGAAUACACAUGAUAUCUUAAGCUGCAGAGAAAAUCCACUACAUAGGUGACUGACAUGUCAGUGUAUCUUUUACUUUACUUAACAGUUGCCAGAUUCAUUUCAGACAGUAGUAUCAUUACAGUAAAAAAUGAAUCCAUCAUUGCAGGGAUUUGCAGGGGAUCAUGGGAAUGUGAUCCCAAUUUUGAGGUACACUAGCCUUAGCAUUUCUAUUAAUAUGAAAUGGAAGCUAGUACUUGCAGUUAGGAUGUGCAUUAUAGAUAAAAUGUUUUAUUAUGGGACAAUUGUA